AUGCUAACGAUAUGUCGUCUGCGUCUGAAGACACCCAAUGAUGGCGAGAUAUUGAUUGACUAUUCAAAAAAUCGCAUUACAGAGGACGUGUGGCCUUUGUUAUUUGACUUGGCGAAAUCACGUAAGGUAACGCAAGCGCGCGACGCCAUGUUCUCUGGAGAGCCCAUUAAUAUUACAGAAAAUCGAGCCGUACUCCAUGUUGCACUACGAAAUCGCGGAAAUGAGCCAAUCCUUGUCGAUGGUAAUGAUGUCAUGCCGUUAGUGCGGGCUGAAUUAUCCCACAUGAAGGAGUUCACCAAUCAAGUUAUCUCAGGCGUCUGGCGGGGCUGUACCGGCAAGCAAAUCACCGAUGUGGUUAACAUUGGCAUUGGCGGCUCCGAUUUGGGACCUUUGAUGGUAACUGAAGCACUCAAGCCUUAUUGCAAGGGCUUGCACUCCCAUUUCGUUUCAAAUAUUGACGGAACACAUAUGGCAGAGGUACUAAAACGGGUUAACUAUGAGACAACGCUUUUUAUUGUUGCCUCGAAAACAUUCACGACGCAAGAGACCAUAACUAAUGCCACAUCGGCAAAGAACUGGUUGCUAGAGCAAGCAAAAGAU